UGAUAUAAAAAAUUUCGGUCACUCCACCCAUAAUCGCCUGUUCAAUUAUCAUUACGUAUCCAGAUCCAGUAUCGAAUAUAGGACUGUCAAUCUAUAAAGUGUGAGUAAGAGAAGUUGAUUGAGGAAGGGGAAUACGCACUGAAAUGUACGGAUAUUAAUCGACUCAGUUCACAUUUGAUGCUUAACGGGGCAAGAGUAUUGGCAGGCGAAAACAAAUUUCAAACAUGGAUAUCAGUUCAUUGAUAUACAAAUCAUCGCAACAAACAAGUACAAUUUCAACAUUCCAUAAUAAUCCUUUUCCUCGUAGACCUUGGAUUACUGAUACUGGAGCUGCAGCGGCUGUCAGUCAUAGCGGUAUUAAAGGAAUUGUGGCUGGAGGUAUUACCGGCGGUAUAGAAAUAUGUAUCACUUAUCCAACUGAAUAUGUAAAAACACAGCUACAACUUGAUGGGAAAGCUGGAUCUGGUAAACAAUAUUCAGGAAUAUUGGAUUGUGUGAAAAAAACCAUAAAAAAUCGUGGAUUCUUUGGUCUAUACAGGGGUCUUUCAGUAUUACUUUAUGGUUCAAUACCAAAGUCAGCUGUACGCUUUGGUUCCUUUGAAAAAAUGAAAGAAUUGUUAGCAGAUUCAAAUGGAAAACUUACUGCACAGAAUAGUCUUAUAGCAGGACUAUGUGCAGGUGCAUCUGAAGCUAUUUUUGCAGUUACUCCUAUGGAGACAAUUAAAGUAAAAUUCAUAAAUGAUCAAAGAUCUGCUAAUCCAAAAUACAAAGGAUUCUUUCAUGGAGUAAGGAUGAUUAUUAAGGAAUAUGGAUUCAGAGGCAUAUAUCAAGGACUAACACCUACAAUUUUAAAGCAAGGAUCAAACCAAGCAAUUAGAUUUUGUACCAUGGAAACAUUAAAAGAUUGGUAUAAAGGUGGAAAUAAAGAUGUAGUUAUACCAAAAGUAGUUAUUGGAUUUUUUGGUGCAUGUGCUGGGGCAUUAUCUGUUUUUGGAAAUACUCCAAUUGAUGUUGUAAAAACUAGAAUGCAGGGUCUAGAAGCUUCAAAAUAUAAGAAUAGUAUAGAUUGUGUGAAACAAAUAUGGAUCAAUGAAGGUCCAAUGGCAUUUUAUAAAGGAACUAUCCCAAGAUUAAGUAGAGUAUGUUUAGAUGUUGGCAUAACAUUUAUGAUUUAUGAUUCCUUCAAAGAAUUUUUUGAUCGGCUUUGGCCUUGAAAGUUAUUAAUUUUGCAACUGUAUAUUCUAAAAUGUCAGUGCAAAUGUAGCUUUCAUAAUUUCAUCAUUAUUUAUGUAAUAUAUCUAUAAUCGUACAUGUUAAAAAAUGCCUUUAUUUCAAAUAUGAUACAUACCAAAGUAUUCUGUUAUAAUGGGCAUUUUAAUGAAUGAAAAUGAAAGGAAACAAAGUCAUAUCAAAAAGUUUCAAUUUUUCAAAGUGUCGGUAUUGAAAGCUGCAGUUGUAUAGAGCACAAAUUCCACUAUAUAUAUUUUUUUACAUAAAUUUUUAUUUAACAUGAAAUUAUAUGUAUGGAAAGCAAAUGGUAAUGUAAAUUUAUUCAUAUAAUUAUUUCAAUUUUGUUUAUCAGUUUAUAAAUUUUAUUUAAAAUAUUGUUAAAUAUUUAACAUUCCUAUAGAUUUGAGUCAUCGAAUGAAUGUUUAUAUUGUGAAAGUGAUUUGUACAUGGUAUGCAUAAGUUAUGUAGACAUAUAUAUAUAUAUACACACAUAUAUACAUAUAUAUUUCUAGGGAAUAUUGUACAGUUUCAGUACAAAAAUAUACAGAAUGUUAAUUAAAAUAAUGAGAAUAAUAAAAAAUGUUUAUUACUUGAGCGAAGGGAAAUAGAUUGACUUUUUAAUUAAGUUUUUUUAGUAACAUUCAAAUAAGAUUAGAGUAGGUAGGAGGUAUAAAAAGGUAUUAAUCAGAAAUAUUUUUAUUUAUGUGCACAUUACAUUCCAUUAAAUAUAAUUAUCUUCGCUCAGAUAUUGUAAUAUAUUUUAACAUUAAUUAAACAAAAUUUAACUAUAAUGGCUGUGACAUUCAAAUGGAGAUAAACAUGUAGAAGUUCCUUCAAAAUAGAGACCUUGUAAUCUCAUAACAACUGCAAACUAUCUAUUUUAUUACUUUAACAAUAAGACAUGAUGGUUCAUAAUGUUUUGUAUUUAUAUUUGUACUUGUACAUUGAAAUAUAUAUCUUUGCAGUA